AGUGUUGAGUUCAUUGAUAUAACAUUUGUUGUUUACCAUUGAUUAAUAUACUAAUUGAUCCACAGUUAAGAUAACAAAUCAAACAAAGAUAAGACACUAAAAAAAUUCAAGUAUUUUCAAGUCUUCAUAAAAAGUUAUCGUAUUUUGUUUCGUCUUCUUUCGUCUUUCGUCUUCAAAACAACACUUUAUGUAUUAAAACAUUAGUCUUUAUAAGAUGUCAUCAUUGCUGAAGAGUUGUCGUGAAUCGUCGAUACGAUCACUGGUUAAUCACAGAAAUACAAGAGUAUUGUCAUCAGUUUCAUCGAUAUAUCAAAAUGUUGUCAAUCAGACUAAAGUCGGUGUAAAACCCGUCAGAAUUGGCGAUUCAAAGCCAAAAUGGAUACCAUUUUCGCGGCCAAAGUACGGAAACUUUUCGCAAGAAAUGCCACGACUCAGCAAUCAAUGGACUGGCGAUCCAUUUCUUCAAAAGUAUUUGCAAAGAGUUUUACCAAAAGAGAUGUAUAGCGAGAUUAACCAAGACUUGACCAGAUUUGGUGAUCGCGUGGCCAACGAUAUCUACGAGUUAGGCGUUGAAUGCGACAGACAUUUGCCAAAAUUGAUUCAACAGAACGCUUGGGGACAGACUUGUAAUGAUCUUUAUGUUUGCAACGCAUGGAAACAGCAGAAGACGGUGUCAGCCGAAGAAGGAAUCGUUGCUAUCGGUUAUGAACGCAAAUAUCACGAGUUUUCCCGUUUAUAUCAGUUCGCAAAACUAUAUCUAUACGCGCCCUCUUCGGGUCUCUAUUCGUGUCCCAUUGCUAUGACCGAUGGCGCGGCCAAAACUAUUGAGUCUUUGGAUCUCAAGACACAACCGAUUUAUGAAGAGGUAUUUAAUAAUCUGACAACUCGUGACCCGAAACGGUUUUUCACUUCUGGUCAAUGGAUGACCGAAAAAGGCGGCGGAUCUGAUGUGGCCGGCGGCACUGAGACUGUGGCUGUCCCUAUGGGAAGAGAUAUAUUUAAACUUUAUGGAUAUAAAUGGUUUUCGUCGGCAACCGAUGCGGACAUUGCCCUAACUUUGGCCCGAAUUGCCGACGACGAGGGAAAUGUUUUGCAAGGCACUCGAGGAUUGACACUAUUCUUCCUAAAAUUAAGAGAUGAAAACAAUCGUUUGAAUGAUAUCGAUAUGAUUCGCCUGAAAGACAAAUUAGGCACUCGUCAGGUGCCCACAGCUGAACUACUAUUGGACGGAACUGUUGCUCAUAAAAUGUCCGAAGAAGGCAGAGGUGUUGCUGCCAUCGCUAAUAUGCUUCAAAUCACAAGAAUACAUAAUGCCAUCGGAAGUGCAUCUUAUAUGAGGAGAAUAUUAACGAUUGCUAGAGAUUAUGCUCAACGAAGAAAAGCAUUUGGAAAGCCUAUCAGUCAAUACCCGAUUCAUAUGCAAACAUUGGCCCGAAUGGACACCGAAGCUAAGGGAGCUUUUAUAAUGGCAUUUGAGAACGUCCGACUUUUAGGCAGACAAGAGCAGGGAUUGGCUUCUGAUGAAGAGUUAUUGUUAUUGCGUUUAUUAAAUCCAAUAUCAAAACUGUUUGUCUGUAAACAGUCGAUGUCUACGAUUUCCGAAGGUUUGGAAGCGUUUGGAGGACAGGGAGCUAUGGAAGAUACUGGACUGCCGGUUAUGUUAAGAGAUUCACAAAUUUUUGUCAUUUGGGAGGGAACUACUAAUAUUCUGGCUCUGGAUGUGCUGCGAGUUAUGGCUAAAACUGGUGGAGAAGCACUUAAGGCUUUUAAAUCUCAUAUCAAAAGCCGUCUGGAUUUGGCUGCAAAUCACGCCAUUCUAAAGGACGAAGCACUUAAAGUACAGACUUCGGUGGACACUAUUCUGGACAUUGUCUAUAAUAAUCCCAAUGCUUUAGAGGCCGGUUCUCGUGAUUUUGCAUUCAGUUUGGCCCGACUUUUCAUUGCGUCGGCACUUCUGGAAAAUUCAUGUUUGGUUGGCUCUACAGAUUUGGAUGAAACAACUGCUCUCAGGUGGUGUAGAGGACAGGAUUUGGCGCCAUUUAUAACCAAUUAUGGUCUUAACUUAUACAACAAGAGUUCAAUUGAAAUCGAUUACAAACUGGUUAUGAAUGGCUAUUCUAAAUAAAUACCAUUACUUGCAAUAUAUUACUGUACAAAACUUGAUAAAUAUUUACCAUGGUUAUUAAUUGUUUAAUUUUAUUAUAUAUAUAUAUAUACCGGUAUAUAAUAUCCAAAUAAUGUAUUUAUAAAUACGGCAAUUUAGUAGUUUAG